CAAAAACAAAUGGCACGAAGAAGAAGCUUUACCGGAAGUAUGAGAAGCGGGAGAUUGGAAGACGUAAACAAACUUUUUGACGGCGUGAAGUCGAGCUUUUCACUGAAUAUUUGCCAAAAUGUUGAAGAAGGCGACCAAAUUGAAAUCUAUAAUUAAAACGAAAACGAAGCGUGACAUAAAUGUGAGGCCGACGUCGGAGGCAAUGAUUGAACUCCUCACGCUGCUGUUUUUGAGCAGCCUGGCUGAGGAGGCGAAGGCCAAAGCUUUUGAAGAGAAAUCUGCAACGAUCCGAGCUCAACAUCUCAGAGCAGUCUCCAAGGAAAUGCUGAAAAAAGCACGGGGGUGAAGACAGCGAAGUGCAACCUUUUUUUUUUUUAAUAUUUAGAAUUAGUUUUCUUUCGAAACUCCCUUUUUUUGUGUUUUUUAUUCUUUCCUUUGUGUAUCUGUUUUCCUGUCAUAAGGCUUUUAAUGUUUAAAAAAAAAACUUAAAUUUUUGUGAAUCUUGAAUAGCUUAUAUAUUGUCGACCUUUUAGUCCAAAAACGUACAAUGCUAAACACAACAGCGUGCUCAUUUUAUUCAUAUCAUGACUGCUGUAGGCUUUAGGUCAGCCGUCACAUUAGAAAGUGGCAUAUUGUACACGCGGUAGCAUAGUGUGUUAAGCUUUGAUCUCAAACUUGUGGACAUCUCAGAGUUAGUACUUCCAGACACUCGGGGCCCUGGCUCUCUCUCCUAUCAUCCGUCACGGUCACGGUGUUUUCAAGCUGCAUGCUUCACAGCUUCUUCACUGAGCGGGGAGGCUCAGCCUCCUCCCAAAUUCCUCACUUCUUCACACUACAUAGAUUAUCGGCGUGCUGAGAUUCUGUCCUGCUCAUACCUUAUCGCUGCAGGGUCCCUCACAGGUCAACCUUAUGAGGUUAAAUAUCUCAAUUGUAAGGUAUCUGUUAGAUUUUUAAUAUAAACCAUAAAACUAUGUGCAUGUUCUCCUCAAGCAGAGCCUUGAAUGCCGGUGGUGACCUAAAAGCUGUUUUUGGUUUGUAGUACAGCGGACUGGUUAAGCACCAGUCUUGGUUCAACAUUUGUCUUGUUUUUAGUGUCUUAGCCACAAUAAAAUGCCGUGUACAACUUCAGUGCAUGCAUUUGUGUAAAUGUGUCACUAUUAUUCACCUGGCUCUUUUGCUCCUUUGCUUGCUGUCCUCCAUCUUUAUCAGUUGCUUUCCCCCCCCUCUUUCUUGUUGGCAGUUAAGAGAUUCCUUUUCCUCCAACAUUUAUUUUCUUUAAGAAUCUGAUCUAGCACCCCCGUGAGCGUAGCCACGCUCAUGUUUACGUUCCCAGUCAGUUUGUGGAGGUGUCACUGCGUUUGUGGAGCCCCACCCUUCCGACCUCUAAACCCCUGGCACCUGACCUGCUGUUCUCUUCUUGAUUCUUAUGUUCUGGUGACAGAGCCCUCUUACGUUUGCAUACAUUGUUUCGACUGCAUGCGCAUUGAUGGAUGAUGUUUGGGUGUAGCAGCUGGCUGCACAUGCAGAGGAUCCUUUGAGGCGUUGUUAUAUCGUCCUCCCUAGAUUUGCUCUCGUCCUUGAGGGAUUUGAGAAACACUUUUCUUUCCUCUAUCAAAAUAAAUAAGAAGUCGGGCCUCG